UUGUUUGUAUUGUUUUUCACUAACAGUUGUUAAUUAAUACUAUAUUCUAUAUAAUGUGCCUCAUUGUAAAGUGAAUAUAAACAAAACCGAACUUAUAUUAUUAAAACAAUGUCUGUAAUAGUAUUUGCUAUAGCUAGUGAAAGCGGUGUACCUAUAUUCUCAAGAAAACGCGGUAACAAUGAAAAUAUUCAGUUUUCAACUAUUGCAUCCCUGCAUGGCAUUAAUAUGUUUAGUAAAUGCCACAAGAUAUCAAUGGUAAAUACUCAUGUUGACAAUGGAACAAUAAUUUGGAAGGAAUAUUGUAAAAGCAUCACAUUAAUUGGAGUAGCUACAGGUGGCCUUGAGUGUGACCUUGAACUGUUAUUAUCCUGUGUUCAUGAUGUUAUGGUUUUUUCUAUUGGCAAGAAAGAGUUAGAAAACAUGAAAAACAUAGAUCAAGUAAAAAGAGACUUAAGGCCGUGCUAUCCUAUUUUAGACUAUCUUCUAGAAUCAUUAGAUCCUAAUGCAGUCUCCAGUUCAUUUCCAACAUUAGUACUUGAUCUUAUUCAAAGUAUUUUAUGUCCACAAGCACAACAGUUACAGCAAGCAUUAGACAAUUAUGCAGAAAAUGUAACUGGGCGAUGGGCAUGUCUCGCCAUUCAUGGUCAUUUAGUAGCAACCAGCUCCGAUUUUGAUGAAUUGGAUCCCAGAGAAGCUCGACUGCUGCUCCUACUUGCUGCUGCACAAGAUGGCGCUCCCCUAAGAGACACACCAGUUUAUUUACCGCUAAUGAGCCCCGAUGUAGCAUUUCGGGCAGUUACUUGCAAAUUGUUAGCCGAUGUCUAUGUGGUUGUAAUUUGUGGUGCCACUCCACCUCUAUCGCAAAUAGACGAAAUAGUUCUGCAGUGUUGGGAGACUUACGCGCAAACAAUAAAAGAAGCUAAACUGGUGUAUCCGAGGAAUUUUCCAAUAAGCAUUACAUUUGAGAGUAGUGUUUUGGGAAUCCUUUUAAUAAAUAUAAAUAAACGAAGAUGUGUAUUUUCUCGACAUUUACAUGCGUCCGUACAGAAAACUCGUAGCAUGUCAGGAGCUCAUCGCAUGGACAUAUUAAGAACAUUCUAUGUCACAACUGCAAGAGACUUAGCACCAGAAUUAAAAGUCAAAGACCACAACAAUGAAGGGCAUUCGGCAGUUUCUGAUUUAGGAGACUGUAUAUGUGAGACAUAUUGGAGUUCUGAAUACCAUAAAUGUCAUGGACAGAGAUCUGGAAAUAUUUUAUGCUGUGUACUAUAUGCAUCUACCGUUCAUACACAUGCUAUGAGAAUGAUUACCAGUCAAAUAUUGCAAGAGCUGAACACAAACAAAGAAAUAUGUUGGUGAUAAAUUGUAUAAUUAUUAAGUUAUCCGUCCAAAUAAUAAAAGAAAUUAAAUGCUAAAAUAAUUUAUUUUUAUUCAAUGUACUGCACCAGAACAUUCAAAUCUAUUACACACAAUAAUGUGAUGGAUAUUUAUCAAAAUGUAAGUCACUAAAAAGGCAAUUAUGUAUAUAAUAUUGAUCAACCUUGCAAUGGAUUACAGCUGUGUAUGGUCUUACAAUUAAAAUAUAAAGAAUUUGCUUAUAGUUAUAUUUGUCACAUAUUUAGCAGUUAUAAAUGAAAGCAGUUAUUCGAAUUAUAACUAUUCCAAAGCAUAAAGACCUACUGGAAAUCCAUCCCAUCUGGAUUUAUUACAUAAAAUCAUGAUAGUCAAGAAACAUGUAUAAUACUAAAUUGGCAAACUACAAAUAGUUAAUGCAGUUUUCUAUUAUCAGAUCAAGAACCUACAGAUUUCUCAGGCUAAACAAUACAAAAUAGAAUAUGACUAAAUCACACGUAAAUAAAUUAUAUAUAUUCCACAUACAGCAAUACCGCAAUAAAGUAUUAAUGACUGAGUUAU